AUGCCAGGAAACAAGAACCAGACUGCCAUCUCUCAGUUCCUACUCCUGGGCCUGCCCAUCCCCCAAGAGUUCCAGCACCUGUUCUAUGCCCUGUUCCUGGCCAUGUACAUCACCACUGUCCUGGGGAACCUCACCAUCAUCAUUCUUAUUCGACUGGACUCCCAUCUCCACACACCCAUGUACUUCUUUCUCAGUAAUUUGUCCUUUACUGACCUCUGCUUUUCCUCUGUCACAAUGCCCAAAUUGCUGCUGAACAUGCAGAGUCAAGUUCCUUCCAUCCCCUAUGCAGGCUGUCUGACACAAAUGUACUUCUUUCUGUAUUUUGGAGACCUUGAGAGUUUCCUCCUUGUGGCCAUGGCCUAUGACCGCUACGUGGCCAUCUGCUUCCCCCUUCAUUACAUGAGCAUCAUGAGCCCCAGGCUCUGUGUGAGUCUGGUGCUGCUGUCCUGGGUGCUGACCAUGUCCCAUGCCAUGCUGCACACUUUGCUCUUAACUAGGUUGUCUUUCUGUGAAAACAAUGUCAUCCCCCAUUUUUUCUGUGAUCUGUCUGCUCUCCUGAAGCUGGCCUGCUCUGAUAUUCGCAUUAAUGAGUUGGUGAUAUUGAUCAUAGGAGGGCUUGUUGUUAUACUUCCAUUUCUACUCAUCACAGUGUCUUAUGCACGCAUCAUCUCCUCCAUCCUCAAGGUUCCUUCAACUCAAGGCAUCCACAAGGUCUUCUCCACUUGUGGUUCUCACCUGUCUGUGGUGUCACUGUUCUAUGGGACAAUUAUUGGCCUCUACUUAUGUCCAUCUGCUAAUAACUCCACUCUGAAGGAGACUGUCAUGUCUAUGAUGUACACAGUGGUGACUCCCAUGCUGAACCCCUUUAUCUACAGCCUGAGGAACAGAGACAUGAAGGGAGCUCUUAAAAGAGUGAUUCAAAAGAAAACUAUCUUUUGA